UGGUGAGAAGAGAGAGAGAGAUAGAGAGAGAGUGAAACCAGUGAAAAAUAAGUUAUGACAGAACACUGAAAUAGUUAUGAGGAGUACACGAUGUAGUAGACCUGUAGUAGACUAGUACUGUAGUAGACUGUAGACAGUGUGGUGGACUGUAGAGGAAAUGAGAAUCCUAUGAUCACAUGUGUUUUCUUACAGAAGCAGAAGCCAGUACAGUCAGUGAAUGGUUACUACCAGCUGACUGGCGUAGUCUCUCAUUUGGGAGGCUCCGCAAACUCCGGGCACUACAUUAGUGACAUAUUGCAUGCCAGUGGAAACUGGUUCUGCUGUAACGACAGCCAGGUGUCAGUGUCCAAUGAAGCCACUGUGCUGAGAACCAGAGCCCGGAGUGCCUACAUGCUCUUCUAUAUGUUCAGGGCAAUAGAGCGGGAGGCCCCAGCACACAGGGCCUAACAGGGCCACCAGCAUCAGCCCCAGCCUAAACAGGGGCAGCACCUGGACCAGCCUCAAAACCCCCAGCCCAGCCUCAACA